AUGGAUCUUUUGUCGGUCCUUCCGGACUUCCCUACCAAGCCAUAUGCUCAUAUUCUCCCGCCUCUUGAGCGAAGCCAUAUCAGCACGGUCGACUUGAUCACUCUCGACAUCCUCGAAGUCGCAAAGCGUGCUCGUGUCCCUCCCGCCGAUGUCCGCCGCCUGUCCGCUCAGAUCAUAAGAGCUCUCCAUCAUGAUGUCGGGUUCAAGGAAAACAGAGAUCCCGAUGCUGAUGAGCCAAGCUCCAGCCUCAGUGUUGACGUUCCUGUCUUUCCAGGCCCGACAACCAAGCUAGACCUAUCACAGUGGAGCGCGAUCAGUACCCUCGACCCCACGUUGGACGCUCUGCUCGAUGGUGGCAUACCGACGGGUUAUGUGACUGAGGUAACUGGUGAGAGUGGGAGUGGAAAGACGCAAUUCCUUCUCACCCUUCUUCUGGCCGCUCAACUCCCUGCACCUCGUGGCCUGGGCAAGUGUGCCAUAUACAUCUCCACAGAAGCUCCAUUAUCGACACCACGGCUUUCGCAGCUCAUUGAAUUCCAUCCAUAUCUCUCUACCUUGUCUCAAGCCCACAAGCCCUCGCUGGAGAAUAUAUUGUCCAUCAAUGCCAUGGAUCUCGAGGCACAAGAUCACAUCCUCAACUACCAACUCCCUGUCGCAAUCAAGCGAUAUAAUGUUGGACUCGUGAUCAUCGACUCCAUAACUGCAAACUACCGGGCGGAACAUUCGUCCCAUAAUCUGUCGGGGUUGUCCACACGCUCUGGCGAGCUUGCCAGAUUAGGCCAGAUGUUGAGGAACUUGGCUGUGGACGAGAAUGUCGCAGUUGUAGUAGCGAACCAAGUUUCUGAUCGCAUUGAAGCUGCUGGCAGGCAUCCAACACUAUCUCGUUUGAAUGGCGGUGCCAUCUCACCUAUUCCUUCCACACAACAGCAAGUGCUGUCGUCACAUCACGAAUCAGAAGCUGCUACACCAUUACCAAGAAGUCGACCUCUUGAGUCCCGAAAUGUCGAAUUGACUCCACAUAAUCCGGUCCUCCAACCAUCACCCUCUAGUCUUCCCUCAUCACCGUUCACCACGGAGGAUGAUCCGCAGCAGCAGCAGCAGUUCGACGGGUCAUACCUGAUUGGCAACCCUGUACGAAACGAGAUUUUGAGUCUUCUACACCAACAGAGGUUCUUCACUGGGUGGGGUGACACGCUACAACCUACUAUUUCAAGCCUGUACCCAGCUUUUCAACAAACCGCACAAAAGACCCCAGCUCUGGGCUUGGUUUGGUCUACCCAGAUUGCAUGUCGCAUUGCACUGAAGAAGGAGAGCCGCUUCGUGGAUUGGGAGGCCAUCCUAGAGGAUACCUUUGUCUCCAGCGAAAAAGAAUUGCUGCCUACAGCAAGAGAACAGGCUAAUGAGCUAUCGGAAUCACGGGUACCAACGGAGAGUGAAGAACAUACUAGAGCACACAGCCCUGCAGUCUCUGCACCACCGGACGAGACCGAUGCAGUAGACGAGAAGACAAAUCUCAGUGUGCCGAAUAUUGUCCGUGAUGAUCAUGCAACAACUGGGCAAUCCUUACCAGUGUCAACACAGGCAGUUACACGAGGCGUCCGAAGGACCAUGAAACUUGUUUUUGCCCCCUGGACUGCCGGACCAGUCACAGAACAAGGCGAAAUCCAACACGAGGCGGAGUUUGAAAUCUGGAAGGGUGGGCUGAGGGGCUGUACAGAAGAUUUUGACACCAUAUAG